ACCAAUCGAGCGCCGAGCAAGCAGGGAAUUGAGACGAGCACAGAGUAGCCGGGAAGGAGAAGGAGGCGGUGGCGAUUUUAAAGGGCGGAGAGAGGAGGGCGCGAGGCUGGCUCUAGCACCCUGGCGAAGUGAGUCUAGGAUGGAGAAGCGGGUGCGCUCGCUCAGUGGGGCACUGCCACGGCCUCUUAUUGUCUUCCAGGGAUGCCGAGGGAGCUCAAAGGGGCUCCGCUUUCAUAACUGAGCCCCGGCGGACCGGACUGCGCUUGUUGCUGCUCCGUGUGAGGCGUGUGGCUGCCGGUGGUAGGUGCAGCGUCGGCGCCGGAGAGGUCAAAACCACGGCAGUGCCGGUCGGCUGGUAUCUUCAUUGAAUUUCUCAGGCAUGAGAAGCCUGCAGGAGAGAGAAGAGGAGGAACAUCAUCUGCUCCCAGGCGGACCCCAGGGUGAGGGACUGGGUGCCUGCCUGUCUGCUUCUCCUUCUGCCCCCCAAGACUGGCUGCUAUACUGUGGGUGUAGAAUGCUGACUCCGGUGAGGCUCGACUUGCCCACGUGACCUUUGCCACCAUCAUGCUGUGUCCCUGGCGUGGGAGGCUGAAGCUGUUGCUUGCCACACUGACGCUGGUGCUCCUCAUCUCAUGGCUUUACCUCCUUAUGGGUAAUCUGGAUUAUGGACGUUCCCUCCUGCUCUCCCCUUGCUUUGGGGAACAACCGAGCCAGUACUUUGACAGUGAGGCCUUGGCAUCCCAGGUACAGAAAGUGGAAGAAGAGAACCAGAUGUUGCGACUGCAGCUCAGCCAGUCUCUAGCACAGGAAGGGGCCGUGGAUGGGACUGAUGGCAGCCAGCAGGGCUUGCAGUUCGGAGAAGACCAGGAUGGAAGGAACAACCUCACUGGCUGCCUCAAGCAGAGGAUGGUGCAGAAGUGUGAGCUCCUCCAUGUUGCCAUCGUGUGUGCUGGGUACAAUGCAAGUCGGGAUGUAGUGACCCUGGUGAAAUCCAUCCUCUUCCACAGGAAGAACCCUCUUCAUUUCCACCUCAUCACUGACUCGGUAGCCAAACAGAUCCUGCAGACCCUGUUCCAGUCCUGGAUGGUGCCCUCUGUCCAUGUUAGCUUCUACAAUGCCGACGAUUUAAAGCUGGAAGUGUCCUGGAUUCCUAACAAGCACUAUUCUGGAAUCUAUGGGCUGAUGAAGCUGACUCUUACUAAGGCGCUGCCCGCUGACCUCUCCAAGGUCAUUGUCCUGGACACAGACAUCACUUUUGCCACUGACAUUGCUGAAUUGUGGGCUGUCUUUGGGAAGUUCUCAGACAAACAGGUGAUUGGGCUGGUGGAAAACCAAAGUGACUGGUACCUAGGGAAUCUCUGGAAGAACCAUAAACCAUGGCCAGCACUGGGACGUGGCUUCAAUACAGGAGUGAUCCUCUUGCUUCUGGAGCGCUUGCGCCGAAUUGACUGGGAGCAGAUGUGGCGGCUGACAGCAGAGCGGGAGCUCAUGAGCAUGCUGUCCACCUCGCUGGCAGAUCAGGACAUUUUUAAUGCGGUGAUCAAGCAGAGCCCAACUCUGGUGUACCAGCUCCCUUGCUUCUGGAAUGUGCAGCUCUCCGAUCACACCCGUUCAGAGCAGUGCUACACAGAGGUGUCUGACCUGAAGGUGAUUCACUGGAAUUCCCCAAAGAAGCUGCGAGUGAAGAAUAAGCAUGUGGAGUUCUUCCGGAACCUCUACCUGACCUUCCUGGAGUACGAUGGCAACCUGCUGCGUAGGGAGCUCUUCGGCUGUGCCAGCCUGCCCAGCUUGCCCAGUGGCCAGCUCCAGCAGGCCCUAGAGGAGCUAGACGAGGAUGAUCCUUGCUAUGAUUUUCGGAGGCAGAGCCUUAUUCAGCACCGUGUGCACCUCUUCUUCCUGCAGUAUGAUUUCCCGGCCUUGGUUGAUGCCACCGAUGUCACCCUUGUAGCUCAGCUGUCCAUGGACAGGUUACAGAUGCUGGAAGCCAUCUGCAAACACUGGACGGGCCCCAUCAGCCUGGCCUUGUAUAUGUCCGAUGCAGAGGCCCAGCAGUUCCUUCGCUAUGCCCAGGCCUCAGAGGUGCUAAGUAGUCGCAGGAAUGUUGCCUAUCAUAUUGUCUACAAGGAGGGACAGUUUUAUCCAGUCAACUUGUUGCGCAAUGUAGCAUUGAAGAAUGCACAGACGCCUUAUGUCUUUCUGACAGACAUUGACUUUCUGCCUAUGUAUGGCCUCUAUGAUUACCUCAGGACCACCAUCUUGCAGCUGGAGCUGCCCCAAAGGAAGGCAGCACUCAUUGUGCCUGCAUUUGAGACCCUUCAUUACCGCCUCACCUUCCCCAAAUCCAAAGCGGAGCUGCUCUCCAUGCUGGACAUGGGCUCCCUCUAUACUUUCAGGUACCACGUCUGGCCACAGGGCCAUGCCCCAACAGACUAUGCCAAGUGGCGGACAGCAACCAUGCCAUAUCAAGUGGAGUGGCAGUCACACUUUGAGCCUUAUGUUGUAGUAAGGCGUGACUGCCCCCGCUAUGACCAGAGAUUUGUAGGCUUUGGCUGGAACAAGGUGUCCCACAUCAUGGAGCUUGAUGCCCAGGAGUACAAACUGCUGGUCCUACCAAAUGCCUUCAUGAUUCACAUGCCUCACGCCCCCAGCUUUGAUAUCUCCAAAUUCCGCUUGAGCGCCAGCUACCGAGACUGCCUGGAGACCCUGAGGGAAGAGUUCCAUCAGGACCUGUCCCGCAAGUAUGGUGCUGCUGCACUCAAGUAUCUCACGGCUGAGAGGAGGCUGUGAUGUGGCAACCUGGACACCAAAAGGACAAUCUGGGCAAAGUGUGACACAUGGCCUGCAAGGGAACAGGGCUCCGGGCUCUGACUCCCUGCAGCAGCAGCAGCAGCAUCUCCCUCUCAGUGCCUGCCUGGGACAGGCCUUGCUAAAGCAGUGGGCACUUCCUGUUCCGGACCAUGCAUACUCAGUGACAAGUGAUCCACAUUCUCUUCCUAGUACGUUAGGAAAAUGAGUAUUUUUAAUGCAUAUUGCUUCCAGAUUAAGGGGAAAGAGAGGGAAAUAAGAGGAAGAGAUGAGUACCAUGCAGGCUUGAAACCCCACCCACAAAGCUAGUGAAAAGCCCCCCCCCCCAAAAAAAACCCCACAAAACAUAUGCACACAGUGUUUGAGCCCCCUACAAUAUAUUCACUUAUUUUGGUUGGGAAGAUUUUGGAUUUGGAUUUUACAGUUCAUGGUGUUAGUGGAAACAGAGUCAGAUCUCUGCUGAUAGCGGCUUCUCCAUAUUAGUCUGCUGUGUUCUCUCCAUGGUUCCCUAUUCUGAUUUCCCUGUAGGGGUGUGUCUGAUUUCUUCUAGUUGUAGCGUGUCCCCUGAGUAGCUUGUUCAUAGCUAUAGUAUAAAUGGGCGCAAGAAUAUGACAAAUAUUUAUAUACUGCUUUUCAACAAAAGUCCCCAAAGCAGUUUAGAUAUAAAUAAAAUGGCUCUCUGUCCCCAAAGGGCUCACAAGCUGAAGCAGAUGCAGCCCCUGUGAACUUGAAAUAUCUGCCCCUUUGUGAUGGCAGGACUUACUCAUGCCCACCCAUGACAAACACAGAGAGGCUUUUUUGCCCUUAAGAAGGCAGAAAAGUCAUUCACAACUGUUCCAAUUCAAAUGGAAGGAAUGGUGGUGUGAAAGUAGCUCCUUGGCAGAAGAGAACUUAUGUGAGAAGGCAUCACCCAUCCUGAAACAGGCUAAAGUCUGCUUCAUACAACACUUUUCCUAUAAGAAGAAAAGCUCAUGUAGGGAAAAUCAUGUCCAUAGCUGAAGUGUGUGGCUCAAACCAAAGUCCAUUUAGUCCAGAUCUCUACUUAACAGUCACAUGUCUGUUACCACAGCACCAUCUGUGCUGCUGCAUUUCAGGGUAAAAAUAAAAAUUAAACAAUGAGGAGAGCUGGUCUUGUGGUGGCAAGCAUGACUUGUCUCCUUUGCUAAGCAGGGUCCAGCCUGGUUGCAUUUGAAUGGGAGACCACAUGUGAGCAUGGUAAGAUAGUCACCUCAGGGGAUGGAGCUGCAGAAGGCUUCAAGUUCCCUCCCUGCCUUCUCCAAGAUAGGGCUGAGAGAGAUUCCUGCCUGCAACCUUGGAGAAGCUGCUGCCAGUCUGGGUAGAUAGUACUGAGCUAGAUGUGCCAAGUGCUGUAAAGUAGUAGUGUGUAUGGUUUGGUUCGGGCACACUGUUAAAGCCCUCCGGACUGGUUCGGAUGUCCGGCGGUCCGGAUGGGCGGGGGACUGUUACUUUAAGCGGGGUGGUGGUGGUAGUACUUCCCUCCCCCCCCCGCCGCUCUUCCCCCUCCGGCGCUGGU